AUGCUGCUCGCCUGGGUCUUGAUUCUCCCCGCCGUUGCCAUGUUGUCGCUGGCAAAGUCUCGUUACACCCUUGUGUCGCGGCUCUGCUUUCUGGCAGUCAACGCUCUGGGGCUUGUGCUGGGGAUCGUCUAUGACGCCAGGACUCCCGACCUGUACCCGAAUAGCGCCCACGGCAAGAUCGGCUGGGUUGUCACUUGGGCCGUCUCCGCCCAAGCUCUGGUGAACUUGGUGAGCCGGGCUUCCAGCGCUGUUGCAAAUCGCCCCUCCAGGUCGUUGAGCGAGACGCUGGCCUUCAUUCCCGCAUCUCCAGACCCUGUCGACACCCGUCACCGAUUGUCCGACAACAGCGGCCAGGGCACCGAGCCCCAUACAGAUCUUGACAAGGAGUAUAGCCGAGACGAUGACGAUGACGAGCCGGCGACGGGCCCCCUAUCGUUUUCCGGCUCGGCGACCUCCCUGUCUGCCAGGGCGGCCAAGUUGAUCUCUACGAGAGCGUGGAGAUAUCUCGACCUCUGUUACCAAGUCAUCGAUCGCCUCAUUCUCCCCCUUGGGUUUGUCGCUCUGACUACUGGCGUUGCCACGUUUGGUCGACUGUUUGAGGGCCAGGCGAUAUUCAGCGGACUGGCGCAUUGGAUCAAAGGCGGCGUGUUUUUCUGGCUGGGUCUCUUCACUCUGGGUCGCUGGACCGGAAGCUUUGGUGAGCUUGGUUGGGCCUGGAACCUGCGACCGCGGCCGAGCCAGCGGAUGUGGCGCCCUUCGGCCGAGUUGGUCGAGAGCGCCCUCAUCUUCGUUUACGGCUCCACAAACAUCUUUCUCGAGCAUCUCGGCAACUGGGGUGGCGCGUGGAGCUCCCAGGAUCUUGAGCACGCCGCCAUUACCGUCUUGUUCAUCGGCGGUGGUUUGUGCGGCAUGCUCGUCGAGUCGACCAGAAUCCGUCAUCUGCUCAACACCGCCGUGUCCGACGCCACGCCCGAAAACGCAUUGUCCGACGAGGAGCGGCAGCGACAGAAUGCCCCCGCAACGUACGAGCUGUCUCUGAACCCGAUUCCCGCUCUCGUCAUCCUCUUGUUGGGCAUCAUGAUGGGUUCUCACCAGCAGUCGACCAUGAUCUCGACCAUGGUCCACAAGCAGUGGGGGAAUCUCCUAUUGGGCGCUUCCUUGGCCCGAGGCCUGACCUACGUGCUCAUGUUCUUGCGCCCCCCAAAGUCCGCUCUGCCGUCCCGGCCGCCGACUGAGCUUCUGGCCUCGUUUGGGCUCAUCGCCGGCGGCAUCGUAUUCAUGGCCAGUAGCUCCGACACCGUCGCUGGAAUGAUCCACUACGAGCUAGAUGCCAUGUUCAUCUUAAUUAUUACCAUGGGCCUGGUAGGCACGUUGAUGGCAUGGGAGGUCAUCGUGCUUGCCAUCAAAGGGUGGGCCACUCGCAGGGAAUGGCGUGUUAGAUACCGAGCCCUCUCGUAA